CCUUAACGUGAUGUAAACAAAGUAGUUCCCGGAGUCCUUUUUGAUAGUAUUGCGGGAUCAGCAUGCGCGUGCGUAACUCUACUAGUUUAUGAAUGUGAUUUAACUUACGAAUUUUGUCGUAAGACUCGUGGAAUAAGUAAUUAUUUCACAUCAUGUGCCAGUUUAACGGUCCGAUGAUGCAUUUCUGAAGGAAUCGCUGCUGAAGGAAAGUCUGGUGCCAUCUCAGACAGAGGAAUCAUCAUGGAAGCAUUGGGAUUAACGUGCUCUACCUGUGAAACGUUGCUGAAAAAACUGAAUUCUGCUCGAGAAUGGAACAAGUUUUACCAUCAAAAACUUCAAAAUAAAGAAAAAUUUCUUCAUAUAGCUGUAGACUAUGAGAGAGAGAAGCAGCGCAAUGUUGAACUCCAGUUGGCAUAUGAUCAGCGGACACGUGAUUCAACUUAUGUUCGUGAACAGAUGACAUCACUGUUACUAGACUUUGAACCUUUAAAGGAAAAAUUAAGAAAGGCAGAAUGUGAAGCAAAAGAGCACAGUGAACAACGAGUAAAAUUGGAACAUCAAAUGAGUAGUCUUCAGUUUUCACAUGAACAGCUUCAGCAUCAGCUAAGAGAACUGAAGGAAAAAGCAGACUACAGGCUAGCUGAAACUCUAGAGCGAAAACUUCAGACUGCCCGCACAGAGAUAAGACGACUAAAGCUGAUUAUUGAGAGCAAAACAUGUGAAAUAGAUGAGCUAAGGAAGUACCAAGCUGACAGACGACAGCAUUAUGAACGGAUCAAUAAAAGAUCAUUCUGGGCUUUAAGGUUGGCGAAAACCUUGGCUGGACUUUUACCUGAAGGUGAUUUGCUUGAAAGAGAAUUGAUGAGCAACAUGAAGAGAUUGAACAUCCUCUUGAAUGUUGUUGAUAAAAUCUGCCAGUCUCAGUAUAUAGAAUUUUGCAAAACAGAAGAGAAGAAACUGAAGAAAGAAAAUAUGUUGUUGGGAGCAUUGAUACCUUCCUUAGAUGAAUGGCUUGAUGACUUUGACAGAGGAAAUACUGAUAAUAUUGAUGAUGAGGCAAAAAUACAUUCUUUAUGUGAAGAAAGGUCCUUCAGUAAUAGAAGCGCAGAUCUAGUACCCUCAUCCGAGACAUUUAACAAAAAGAAAUGCUAUAAGUCUGGUGCAAAAAGUAGUCUUAAGGAUGAUUUAGAUCAAGAAAUGACAGACUUUCAUUUAAGGAAAUCAUUAUCAGGCUUUACAGGGAAUUCAGCAAGUAAUAGUACAAAACAAUUUUCAAACACACCAGUUCCUAUUGGAGAAACAGAUGAUGAUAUAAUUUCUGCCAUUUUGAAAGAUAUGAAGCCUCAUGAUAAAUUAGAACGUCUUGACAAUUCUUUUAAUUUACUUGACCCAGAAACUAAUAAGAGUGAUAUUGAGAGAAAAUGUCAGUCUGUGUUUGAUGGAUUGGUUAAAGGUGAGCUUUUGGUAGAAGAUGAAUCCAGUCCAAGCAUUGAUGUAUCUUCAGUUAUGGCACUCAGAAAUUUGUCAGAGAGGCCCAGAAUUCUUCUGUCUCAGUCUUCAGAGGGAUUUCCUGUGAACAUUGAAAAUGAGACUAGUUGCCUGCCUAAUGAUAUAGGAAUUUUGCCUUCAAAAAUGAUUAAAGACAAUAUUUUGCCUAAAGAGCAAUAUCCACAUUCUGUACCCAAGAUACUAGCCAAGAAUUGCAAUUCUUCACAGAGCUUUUCUCUUGAUAUGGAAAAUUCUGAAGCCUCAGUUGACAUUGAUAUGGAAAAAUAUAAUGAGAGAAGAUGUAUUGAGUUGAAUGAAAAUGGUAUAGCAGUAGAUUGCAAUAAUAGCAAUAAUACUGGUACUACCAGAAAUAUACUACCUGUAACACCAUUGAAGAAGAAAAGCAAAACUCCAAAGCUUGGCAACCUGAAGGAACAAAAACAAGCUUUUACGGAGACAUGUGAUACAGAUGGAAUUAGUGAAAGUAAACGAACAAGCCCAAUAAUUAUAAAAGACGAUGAAAAAAAAUUGAAAUGUGAAGGGAAUGAUUUUGUGGAAAGAAAGGGUAAAGAUAAAAGUUGUAAAUUUGGGGUCAAGACUGAUAUGAACUUGAAUAAUUCUGGCAAAGAGAAAUUGGAAGACAUUUUUGGAAUUAUCAGUGACAGUGAUGAUGAGAAAGAACCGGGAGAAAACUUAGAAGCUAAGUUUAACAAAGCUCAGGUUGGUGAUAUGGAUACUGUAGAGAUGUUGGAAACUGUAUCAGAAGAAAAAGAAACUUUUACAUCAGGUAAGAAAAGUGGUGAAGAAGUUGUUGAAGGCAGUUAUGAAAAACAAUUGCCAAAAGUAAUUAUUGGUGAUUCUGUUUACACUGGUGAAGAUCCACUGAGUAACAAAGAUCUUCCAAAGGCUUUUAUGAAUAGCAAUAUUAUUGUAUGUACCAAGGUACGCAACAAAGCUUUGAAAUCUGUAUCAAAGCUGGUUUCAUGUCCAAAUUUGGAAGGUUCAGAGGAGAAUGAUCAAGAAAUAUGUGAAGAGGAAUUAAUUAACCCUAAAAUUGAGAAAGCCAGCAAUCAGUUAGUGAAUCAUAAGGAAGGUGUUAUUUUUAGUCACCACUGUCAUAAAGAAAGUGGAACUCAGAUGCCAGACUACAGCCAUUGUGUACAUGAAACAGAAACUAGUGUUGAUGCUUCAGAGUCAUCACUGGUUAAGGAAAAGAAAGUUGGAAGGAAGGAUACAGAGUAUAAAAGUAGUAGGCCUGGGAGAAAAUCAGGUAAAAGGGCAUUCGGUAAGAAGACUUGUAUUGACCAAAGACCUAAACUAAUGAAAGGAAAUUGUAAUGAUGAAAAGGAAAGCAUAUUCUUAAAGAUUAAAGAAUUAAAAAACCAGUACCAAAAAAUAUUGCAGUUCAGUGAGAAGUCAGUAUAUGAAGGUAGUGUCACAGAAGAUACUAGAGGCGGGUUAUUACAAGCAAAUGAAGAAAUGCUUCACCCAAACCCUACCCAGGAUUAUGAGAAAGAUGCAGUUGGAAGGGAUACUCAUGUAAGUGAUGUUAGUAGCAAAAGCUGUUGCCAGGAAGAAGUAAAUCAUGAAUCUAUUCCUUCAUCUGUUAGUAAAAAAUAUUCUGUGAAGGAGAUGGAUGAUAUCUUUGGAUAUAUAAGUGAUUCUGAUGAGGAGAUGUCAGGGACACAAGUAAAAAUGAAGGCAAACACUGUGAUAGCAGCACCUCAAGUGGAGAUAAAUAAUUGUGUGGUUCUUCAAGGAAAUGAAGCUGUUGUAUGUGGAAUGAGCAAAACUCCAACCCUUCAGAAAUGUGAAGAAAAGUUAUGUCAUGCUGACGUUGGUAAUGAAGAAGCUAAAAAAGUAAUGAGUCCAGUAAGCAAUCCUCAGAUUUUUAGCAAAUCAAAAACUCCUCUUAAGGGUUUUGAAAAAUUCAAUAGUGAUGCCCCAUCUAAAAGGAAACGUAAUUUCAGUCUUUCAGAAGAGAAUUCACUCUCUAAAGGUGACACCCCCAGCACAAGAACUAGAAGUCAUUCUGCCAACCAGGAAAGCGAGGUUGGUGCUCAAGUUGAGCCUCACAGAAGUAGUAAAGUUCAAAAGCGAUCUGAGGUAUUAUCUGCAAGCAAUUUGAAACCUCGAACUCGGAUGAGAAGCAGCUCAAGAAUUGCUUCCAGACUUGGCAUGAAAGAUUUCCUUGUAGACUCUGAAAAGAAAGACAUGGUAGUAUGUUCAAAUGUGAGUAAUAUUUGUACAAGAGCUGGUAAAAAUAUCACAAAGAAAGCAGAUAGUAAUAAACUCAACCCAACUGAUCAGUCUGCAGGUAAUGUCAUCCUUUCUAGAGGCAGCACUAGACAACGCAGUCUAAGUGGUAGAAUUUUAGCCUUAGAGCAAAAAAAGAAAGCAUUCCAAUUGGAAAUGAAAGAGCGUUUUGUAAAAAGUCGAGAAAAACUUGUUAAGACCGUUUCACCGGUACCAAACAGCAAAGAAAAAGACUUGAAAGAACAAGUAGUCCCUCAAAGUGAAAGAGUCAUUGCGGAAGAGACCAUUGUACCAUCCAUAGAAGGAAAUUCUCUCACAAAUAGUAAUAGCAAAGAAAAUGAAUUUGAUAAUCAGACUGAUAAGCUAUCUUCUGAGGAAGCAGUAAAAACUCAAAACUCAGAAACAACUGAGGAAUCGGUAAAAACUCAAAACUCAGAGAAAACAUCACGGGUUUCCUUUAAAUGGGGAAAAAGCUCACAAGUUUUUAAGGAACCAAAAAUUAGAAUAAUCAAGAAGUCUGUAAUCGAAAGAUGUCCAAGGACCAGCUUCAGAACACCAGUCCCACUGAUCCAUGUGCUUGAGCGCCGGAAGAUAUCAGUGCAGUUGAAGUGUAGCUCAAAAGUGACAUCAUCUUCUGUUUCAUUGAACAUAGACCAGAAUUCUGAAGUAUCAUUAUCACCACCUGAAGAUCGGGUGAGUUCACUCACUGUAACAAAUAUCAAGUCUAAUGAUGCUGCAUUUGAGAGAGACAACAGGCAUAGCAUUCUGUUUGGGACAGAGAGUAGUGAACCAGAUGAAGAACUCUCUGAGAAUAGCAUGCAGAAAUCUAGUGGAUUUAAGAAGAGGAAAAUAAAGCAAAGAAGACCUAAGACAACAAGACAACUUAAUGGGAAACUAGUGAAUAAUUCUAUUGAAAGGGAGAGUAGUGAGGAAAGUACCAUGAAACAUAAAAUGGUCAGAGGCAGUCAAAGUGAAAAACCUUUAUCAGAAAAUUUAGGAUGCAUUUCAGAGCUCAGCAAUGCUAAAAAUAGUUUUCAGGCACAUAAAAAGUCAGAAAUGAAGCUGUCAUCAGACUCAGACUCUGAAUACCAAACAGACAUUGAAAUUAUUAAUAAUAAUAAUAGUAAACAUGGUAAGCGAAAGAGACGAAUUAUUAGUAGUGAUUCUGAUGGUGAAGAAGAGCAGAAAUUGAAAUUGUCAAGUGUUGAGAAGGAAAAUAAAGUGAAUGAUGAAAAACAGGAAUUGGUGUCUUUAGGUUCAGUGCAUAAGAACAGAGCAAAAUCUAGCAGUAUCCCUAAAAAAGAAACUAGGAAAGUUAAUGCUUCCAAAAAAUUUAAGAGCCAAUUUGCUUUGAGAGCUGUUAGAAUGCACAAGAAAUCAUACUAUCCUGUAACAUCUCGACCUCAAUACCAGCACAUCAAGGAUGAAGAUAAAAGUACCAUUGAGGAUAAUUUGGUAGAUAUUUUUGCAAGCAAAGAUGACAAAUCUCCACAGGAAUAUCAGAAAAUACAUAAUGUGAAAAAUGCUAAUAUUUUUGCAGUAUCCAAGUCUUCAGAAGUAAAAGAAACACAUAAGGAUGUAAAUGCUGGGAAAGAUGCAUCUGAAAUUGCAAGGAGGUUGAGUAUGAACAUGAAGAGCCAAACUAAAGAUAAACGAACAGUAAUUUUAUUAGACAAAGCCCCAAGGCUACCACAAAAAAAUAAGAGGACAGUUUCAUCAGAAGAUAAUUUAGACAUGAAGAAUUACUCUGUGCCAGAAAAAGUUUUGUUUUCUUCUUCAGCAGAGGUAGUCUUUGAAUCAUUAGUGUGUUCCAAUUUUAAUGAGGCAGGAGCAUUAACCUCUAGUAGUAUUUUAAAUGAUUGCGGGUUUGACAGGGGGAAUGCUCAUGGCAGUGAGAAUUCAGAGAGCACUUCUGAUGACGAGGGAACUAUGGAAAUAUGUGAAGAAGCCAGCACAGAAGUAUGUAUAAAACAGGAAAAUUCUUCAAUUUGUGAUAAUGUUAGUAGUGCAAGUGAUCAAGUGGUUCAUCCUGGUUUAGUUAGAUCCCUUGCACAGCUUGGGAGUUUGAUACAGCCAAAGGUUGCUCCCAAGCAUUCUAAAACUGCAAAGAAGGUAUUGAAAAAUGUCCCAGCUUCUUCUAAUUUUGUUGAAAAACUUUUUUCAAAGCAAGAACAAAAACUUGGAAGGAAAACUGAGGAAUGUAAAAGAACCAGUGAUACAAAUUCAACUCUUGCUAAUCCUAGCAAGGUAACAGAAAAUAAUGUUGGGCUCUAUUCUAAUAUUCCAAAUACAGUAUUAGUUAACUCUAAAAUAGAAACUGGAGAUACCCUUUUUUCAGUGACUAGUGCCUGUCAGAAUAAUGAAUAUGCAGCCAAAGUUAAUUCUUUUAAUUGGAAUAGUGACCCAUCAAAGUCAAGCGAUGUAUCACUCAACUUCUAUGGCAGUAAAAAUCAAGUGCAUGGAGAUAAUUCUACAGAAAUAAAAAGUGACAAUAAUAUUUCAGCUGCCAGUGUUUCUGUAGAAAAUGUUUUUCCUAAAGACUGUGCGAUGGUUUCCAUAAAGGGUCAGGAAACUGAAACCAAAACCUCACAUGAGCAGUGUGCUAACACUCCUUUUUCUGAAGUGUCAGGAGCCUCCUUCCUGGAAGAAACAUUUAUGAAGCCAAGUAGGAUUCGAGAGGGUGAAGAACGCCAGAAAAUAGAUUAUCGUUUAAGUGACAUCUUGGAUACAAUAAUUCAUAAUCGACUCAGUAGCCAGCUGUGGCAUCAUGGGAUCAAUGAGCUUUGUGGCCACAAUGUCUUUGAUGAGGAUCUUAAUGCAGUUACAAGAGCCUUCAUAAAGAAGAUCCUUCAAGCAGAUCCCUUUGAAAAAAGGGAAUACUCUGGAGGAUUGCCCCUAUCCCUUUACAAGUUGUAUCAAGCAAUGACUGUCUAUGAGAGAAGGUUAAAUGUCCCUGUAGCCUUCAUAAGAAAAAAAAUUAUGAGAAGUAUCCACAAGCUCAUAGCAACAAAGUCCUGUCUGAGACCAGGGAGCUUAGCAUGUUUAACUGGGUGGUUCACAGCAAGUGCCAUGCUUCCUGAUGAAAGAGAGACUUUCAAUUUUGAAUGGCUACGAUCCUUCUUAUUAGAUCUCCUUUACCAUCAGCAUGGGGCUGCACAUCAGGCUAUUCUUUCGGCUGUAAUAACGUCCAAAAGGGUACUAAUCAAACACUCCAAAGACAGGCAGACAACAUGCUUGGAAAAACUUAUCCACUGGAUAGUGUUUCAUGGAGAAUGGACUGGGAUCAGAAGUAUUCACACAGAUCUUAUGGAAUGGUUCCUUAAACAUAAUGCACCUUGCAUUCCUAAGAAAGAUCCUUUGGUUUUCAUCCAUGACUUACUGGCAGAGUUCUCAGAAUGUAAAGAUCAAGAACACUGCCACAAUAUUACUACAGCUAUUGUUGUGUUCUCUCGGUGGCAAGGGAAGCCUUGGAUUGAAAAUAAACUGUUACCAAUUGUAAGGUCUAAGGCUGCCAAAGAUUCAAACAGCUUUGAGAAGGAUGGGUCACUUCAUUGCAAAUAUAAAAUGUUAAUAGAAUACUUACUGCUUGAAUUGGAGGAAAAAGUUGUACCAGCCACGCAAGAUGUUGAUGACUAUGGUGGUGAUAUACAGGAACACAAAGAUGGUGAAGCAAAUAACAGUGAAAAGAAAUAAUUUUUUUUUAGGGGUUCUCAUCUGAUGUAAUUUUUGUAUGUAUUCUUUUGUAGUAUUGUUUGUAAGGAUGUAAAUUUUUAUUUUUUAAAUCCAUUUUGAACAUACACCACUUUUUUUUUUAAAGAAACAAGGUAAUGCCACAGAAAAACUUGUAGAAGCAAUUUUAAAGGUGAUUUGUCUAUAAUUUGAGAAAUAUUUGAUUAUGGUUAUUGUAAAGCUUACAGCUGUUACCAACUUUUAAGAGAAUAUUCCAUUUUUAUAGGGGUAUCAGAAGUAUGGCAAUCUUCUAAAUUUACAUUAUAUAUUUGUUCAUAAACUUAUGCAUUUUUGAGCCGUGUAAACUACAGCUGUCCUAAUUUUUUCUUGUUGACCAGAAUACCUGUUUUAGUCUUAGAAUGUGAUAUUGUGUUUUAAUAAAGUUCCAUGGUAACUAUCCAAAGACAACUUUUAAUGCUUUUUAAAGUGCAUUAAUGGUAUACACACACUUAAUGCUUUUUUAAGUGCAUUAAUGGUAUACUACACACACCUCAUGCUAGAAAGUUAGAUUUUAGCUGCUUUCUGUAAUCUUGACUGUACAUUUCUAUCAUGUUUGCACAUUUUAAUCCUUAAAUGCGGGAAUCUGAUGUAUGAUUGGGCAAUGUGCAUUUUUGUGUAUGACUGAGUUCAAGCAGUUUGUACUGUAGAACAAGUAGGCUGAAAAAGAAUAUGUAGUAAAUAAACUGUUAUAUCCAAAUUUUGGCUUUAGAGGGUCUAUAAUUGGGAAUACGUACAUACCAAAAGAACUUGCUUAUAUAUUUGCAUAAACACCAAUUUAUUGAAGCAUUUAUACUUACUUUCACAAUUAAAUAAUGUAUGAAAACCAUUUCAGUACUGUUUUAACUGACUCAUUAUUUUACUUACAUACUCUUUAGGGUGAUAUAGUGCACAGAAUGUAAAAUAUAGUGUAUUUAAAGUAUAGUUUCAUACUAAAGACCUGGACUUUACUAAAAUGUUCGAACUGCAGUUGUAUGUUUUUUAUUUAAAUGAUUGUUUAUUGAUAAAUGUGCAGAUUUAAUCUUGUCACCCAAUUUUUCAGAAUAGUUUUCAGUUUAUAUAUUCUUUUAAGUUACCAAAAAAUACUGCAAUUCAUGGUGCACUAUUUUAUGUUAAAAUGUGUUUUUUAACAUUUUUUACCGAGAGGAGCUUGUAGACCAAGUAGUAAUGUCAUUGAAGUUGAUACUUUCUUCCAUAAUCUGCAGGUUGAAUGGAAAUAACCGUUGUAUAUAAUAUCCCAUCAUUUGAGGGGUAGAGUUGAUAUAUAUAUUAAAUUACAUUUUGUUGUAUU